UAUCCCUGGGUUGGGUACGGUCACAUUGCAACGAAAACAACAACUCCGUAACUCGUAAUUUCGAUUUAUUUUGCUUUCAUUCGCUAUUUUCACACCCACAAUCUGCGAAAAUAAGGCCAUAACCGUGGCACGCAUAUUGUGCGUUCUAUCAGUGUGUUCGCGCGGUCCAACAAAUCCCAUUUUUCACGCACGGCCCCGAGCAGAGACGACGUCAGUGGGCGACUGGCGUCAGGUGAAAAAAGAAAAAGAAAGAAAACUGAUAAUUGCGAUUGAAAAUUGAAAAUUGAACGAGCGUAGUGAAAUUAAACGGAAUCGGCCACUGUGAAAACGCAGCGCCAAGCGUGGAGAGUUGCAUUUAAAAAAGCAUGAGCACAACUGCCGCCAGUCUCAUUGAGGCGGCGCUGAAUGCCAGCAGUGGCAACGCCACAGCUACGACUGGGACGAUUGCGACGACCACAACAGGCAAGCCCAACUACGUGGUGCAGGUGAAGGACGCCCCGAUGAACACUCCGCUGGACCCGCUGCUCCACGUGGGCGAUGGCAUCUUCCUGCAAACCAAGACCGCCCAGGUUCUGGCUGGAGUCUGUGUUUGGGUUGCCCUGUUUAUAACCUGUCAACAGAUCUACCAGCAUCUGCGCUGGUACACGAAUCCGCAGGAGCAGCGCUGGAUAGUGCGCAUCCUGUUUAUCGUGCCCAUCUAUGCCACCUAUUCUUGGAUCAGCUUGCUCUUCUUCAACUCGGACAAUGUGUACAUCUACUUCUUCACAGUUCGCGACUGCUACGAAGCCUUUGUCAUCUACAACUUCUUGUCGCUGUGCUACGAGUACCUCGGCGGCGAAGGCAACAUCAUGUCUGAGAUUCGUGGCAAGCCCAUCAAGACGUCGUGCCUAUAUGGCACCUGCUGUUUGAAGGGCAAGACCUACACGAUCGGAUUUCUGCGCUUUUGCAAGCAGGCCACGCUGCAGUUCUGCCUAGUUAAGCCGCUGGUGGCCUUCAUCAUCAUCUUUCUGCAGGCGUUUGGCCACUACCACGAUGGUGAUUGGAGUGCCGAUGGUGGCUACAUCUACAUCACAAUUAUCUACAACAUCUCCGUAUCGCUGGCGCUGUACGGCCUCUAUUUGUUCUAUUUCGCCACUCGAGAUCUGCUUACACCGUUCGAGCCCGUCCUCAAGUUCUGCACAAUCAAGUCGGUGAUUUUCCUGUCCUUUUGGCAAGGUGUCGGCUUGGCCAUCCUGGAGAAGGCCAACGUUAUCUCGCCCAUCGUGAACGGUGCUGGCACUGUCACCGCCGAGGCGGGUACCGUCUCUGCCGGCUAUCAGAACUUCUUCAUUUGCAUCGAAAUGCUGUUUGCCGCCAUCGCACUGCGCUAUGCAUUCCCCUAUCAGGUCUACGCCCGCAGCUGCAUUAGCGACGGUCACGGCAGAUCGGUCACCAUGCAGUCCAUUUCCAGCAGUCUCAAGGAAACGAUGAAUCCCAAGGAUAUUAUGACAGACGCUAUACACAACUUCCAUCCGCAGUAUCAGCAGUACACCCAGUACAGCUCAGGUGGCAAGAACUCGCGCGGCAUUCGCGUCUCCAGCUAUGAUCCCGACGAUCCCAACUCUGGAGGAGCUACGCACGCAUCGCAUCAGGCACCCACCAGCGGGGGAUACAACGCGGUGGCCACCGGACCGGGCUCGGGUGCCAACAGUAAUAACGGUGGCAGCAAUUGCAUGGCCUCCAAGACGCUGGGCAACCAGAGGAAGUUCAUGCCAGGGGGCCAGCGAGUGGCGACCAUAAGCCAGAACUACAACGAGAAGACGAUGCUGCUGAGCAGCGAUGACGAGUACCAGUAGAGGAGGGAGAGGAUGCCCCCAUUCUUCCCACCUUAUUAUUGUUAUACCGGUCUCUCGUUUUCGGAUUCGUUUCUUAUGUUGCCGAUUCUUUCGCUUGUACAAUAAUCUUAAGUACCAUUCACAAUCUAUUAGGCAAUUAAAGACAUCCUAAGUAUGGGGCGAGUGUCAGGAUCCGUGAAUAAGGGGUCUUGAAAACUGUUUUAGGUUCCAGAUUCCUCGUAAAUUGUAUUACCAUUUUGAUUAAUUUGAUGUCUUACCAUUUCUAGACAGAAUUAUUGACAGAUCCCCAUUUAGGAACCCCUAUCGCUUCGCCCCAUUGGUAUAUCCCAUAUAUAUUUGUAACUUUACACCGCAUAUGUAAUUUGAUUCGCUUCGAUUCCAUUUCUAUCUUGCGUGUAAAUUUAUCAAAUUAAAAACUGUAAAGUGAACCAAAAACUGAACACAAAUCAAAAACAAAGCAGUUAAAACCGAACUGCAAACUGCUCUUCUUGCGUCUCACGAACCGUCUACCACAGGCUGCUUCUACAAUAAAAACCGCGGGAAGACACCACACAACCGGCAAGGAAAGCUGGAAAAAUAUAUUUAUAAGCCAAGGCUAAUUUUUAAAGCAAAUUUAACACAGUACAUUAGCUUAGAGCGAAUUUGUUAGGCGAAUGAGUGCGAAUGGGAAUGAUUCAGAGAUCCACAUUCACGCCCCUUCCCGGACACGAGAAAUGUAUAAAAGAAUUUUACCCUGUACAGAGAAGGCGCAUCGCAAGUCCAGAACAGUAGUAUUUUGAUAUCUUAGCCAGGCUUCCCGUCAAAAUUGCGCGCGUGUCUGGACCAAAUGGAGGAAACGAGGAGCACACAAUAGGAAAAGUCAAAUUAUGUAUAAUUAUUCGGGGCGAAAAAAGCGAAGGAGAACCAAAGGCAGUAACGUUUUUAUGUACAUUUUUCCGUUAAUAUGAAAUGAGAAUAAAGUAUAUGUCAUAAAUUACACAAAA